AUGGUGUUUCUGCACCGCGCCGGAGGCAACCAGGAAACGGACAAAAACGUUGUGCUCGCUGGAGACGGCCAUUCUGAAGCCGAGCAGACGAAUGAGGCUCUGACACUGGAGGAGUUGACACUUGUCCACCCUCCCUCAGUUCUUGCAUCUGUCGACGAGCUCAUAGAUGAAUUUGUCAGGUCCAUGCUCGAAACCAAGACGGCGGCCAAAGUCAAGGCGGGCAUCGCAACUGGCCUUUUCCUUGUGAUCGCAACCAUGGAUGUAUUGGUCAUCCAUGGUUUUGUGUUGUUGAUGGGCAGUGCUGUACUGGCAUAUUCCAGCAUCAAAGGAGCCAAGGACAUCAGAACAUUGACCAAACGCGUGACCGGCCCAAGUGAGACUGACAAGCCAGACAAGGGGGGGCUGCAGUUGAGCUUCAGUGCUUCGCCUCGGCUGGCAGUGUUUGAGAAGUACCUCGCGGCGGAAUGCUUCGAACGAUCACCUUACAUGUUUCCAGACGUUGGUGACGCACCUGAAGAGUCAGAGGUCCUGGAGGCUAUGGGAUGGUCUCCUUCUUCACAAGGCGACACGGAGGCGCGCUUGGAGGAUCGGCGGUGGGAGAAUUUCCGGGCAAUGGAAGACCUCUACACAGAGGUGUGGAAGGCUACGAGGGCUUGGACGAGAUGGGUGAAUUUGUGCAAGAGACAUCCGAAGUUGGCAGUGAGGAAGUAA